CCACUAGAUCGAUGUUAUCAUAUAUUAUAUAUAUAUGUGUAGGUGUUACUUAUUUGUAUGACCUUUGUAAUGAUUCCCAAAAAAUUUAGAGGUCAUUAGAGAUAGAAAUGUUUAAUUUUAAUUUACAAUAGCGAGCUGAGAAGAAAAAAAACUGAGUAUCAGUCAGCGAGUGUCCACUUAAGACGCAUGUGAACAUAUUGUGAUUGAGCUUUUAAAGUUCAAUGGGCGAAGUGAUUGGCUUUGGCUUUAUUUGGAAACCUCUUGAGAUGUUUGUGGACAAGAUUGUUUAUUUAUUUCGGAAAAUAUGUCAAUGGAAUUACCUGAAAUUUAUCUGGUCCCAUGCACCGGCUGAUACGAUGGCUAACACUGAGAAUAAUAUUGAUGACACAUGUGAAGAUGAUGUGAGAAUUUUGACGUUGAAUAAAGGAGAGCAUCAGGAUGGAAUUUUAUUUAGAGUUAAAAAAGGAUGGCAAGUAGAAUUUCGUCUUGGACCAUCACUAUUUGGUAAAUCUGUUGAUAUAUUCACCAAUCAUCCUUUAACGGAUGAUAAAAAAUUUGAUAGACAUACUUACUAUCAACUGAGAUGGGUAAAUGAUGCUGCUGUUGUGAGGGUUUCUUUCGCUGGAUCAUUUCAUUAUUAUAUAACUGAUGCAAAAGAGAAGAAUGAAAUAAAACCAUUGGCUUCAGGGUACGUUUUAGUAGAACCAGAACUACGAAUUGGUGAAAAUAAAAAAUUGCCGUUAGAUUGUGUACAAUGUCAGACAGUUUUGUCAAAAUGUCUGGGCGUGUUUUCGAGCUGGCGCGAAAAAUUAUUGGUAUCGAAAAAUUCGGGCUAUAAUAUGAUACAUUUUACCCCAAUACAAGAGCUGGGAGGUUCUAAGUCGGCGUACAGUUUGAGUGAUCAGUUGAAACUCAAUCCUGGGUUCAAUGACAGCAAAGAUAAACCAGUGACGUUUUAUGAUAUAGAAAAAUUGACGAACGAAUUGAGGAAUGAGAUGAAUGUUUUGUCGAUUUGCGAUAUUGUACUCAACCAUACGGCUAAUGAGAGUUCCUUUUUGGUUGGUCAUCCGGAGUGUUCGUACAAUUGUUUAAAUUGCCCGCACUUACGUCCCGCAUAUCUUCUCGACGCCGCGCUGUUUGAAUUGACGGUGCAGGUCGCAGCUGAAGAAUGGGAGUUUAAAGGAAUACCUAGUGUUGUCGAGACUGAGGAUCAUUUAAAUUCGAUCCGUCAUGCGCUGCAUACAUAUUUUCUACCGUUAGUUAAAAUUCACGAACUUUUCACGUUGGAUAUUGAUCAAAUCGUUGGCGAGUUUUUAAACUUAGCACGUUCUCAAAUACCUCAGGAACCUGAUCAGCAGUCUUCGGAUAAAGAAAAUACGAUUAAAAUAAUUCAAGAUCCUCAGUUCCGUCGAUUGAAAGCUUCAGUUGAUAUGAAAUUGGCGUUACGUAUUUACAAUAUUUACAGACAAGAUUGUUUUGACGAAGAGACGCGUUUGAAACGCUGCGCUGAAGAGUUUCGUAAAACAAUCCAAGGGCUAAAUGAAGCGAUAGUCACUGAAGUACAAAAUCAUUUGAAUGCUGCUGUAGAGAAUACCGUCGCCUCGAUACGUUACUUCCGCGUGCAAGACGAUGGGCCCAGACUAAAAGAAGUCAGCGCAAGAAAUCCACUGACUGCUCGGUACUUUACGGACUACGGAUCACCUCAGUCAUUAAUAGAACGUGAAACGAUAAUGUACUCAGACAAUGGCUGCUACUUGAUGGCACACAACGGCUGGGUAAUGAACAGCGACCCGUUGAAAAAUUUUGCCGACCGCGAUUCAAACGUUUACUUGCGUAGGGAAUUAAUCGCUUGGGGAGACAGCGUUAAAUUACGUUACGGCGAUAAGCCUGAAGACAGUCCAUUCCUUUGGAAGCAUAUGACAGAGUACGUUGAGCAAACAGCCAGGAUUUUUGACGGAGUAAGACUGGAUAAUUGUCACUCUACUCCUAUUCCAGUUGCUGAGUAUCUCUUGGAUGCAGCGCGACGCGUUCGACCAGACUUGUACGUUGUCGCGGAGCUCUUUACUAACUCUGAUCAGAAGGACAACAUAUUUGUCAAUAGAUUGGGUAUCACUUCGUUAAUUCGUGAGGCGAUGUCCGCGUGGGACAGCCAUGAAGAGGGACGUUUGAUUUAUCGGUACGGCGGCGAACCCGUGGGAGCUUUCUUUCAAUCAAAGCAGCGUCCACUGGCACCCGGUAUCGCGCAUGCACUUUUUAUGGAUCAAACCCAUGACAAUCCGAGUCCCGUUGAAAAGCGAAGUGUUUUUGAUCUAUUGCCCUCGGCAGCUUUAGUUAGCAUGGCUUGUUGUGCUAGCGGCAGCAACCGCGGGUACGAUGAGUUGGUGCCCCAUCACAUUCAUGUUGUUGAUGAAAACAGAGAGUAUACAGCAUGGAAUGAAAAAGAAGCAACUGAUAGUAACGCUAAAUAUGUUUCAAGUAUGACGGGUAUAAUUGCGGCUAAAAGAGCUUUCAAUAAUUUACAUUACGUUCUGGGUAAUGAAGGAUUUUCUCAAGUAUUUGUUGACCAAAUGGACCCCGACAUUGUCGCAGUUACGCGGCAUUCGCCAAAGACACACGAGACUGUUGUAUUGGUUGCGUUCACGGCUUUCCAUCAUCCGGACUCAAAUGCUACUGAUUUACGAAGACACGUUAGGCCGUUGAGAGUUGAAGGAGUCGUUGAAGAAAUUAUUUUCGAAGCACGAUUAACCUACAAAAGUGAUAAAAAUGAGUCGCCAUUUAAAUUUCCUGAUAAACAUAUCAAAGAUGAUGAUUACAUCAACGGUCUAAAGAAUUACGCUGUUGAUAUUCGCGAGCAUAUACAGAUUCCCGACUCUAAAAUAGUCGAAAAAGGAGAAUCGGGAGAUUUAAAAAUAACGCAGUUGAAUUUCGUUAACUUCCAGCCGGGUUCCGUCAUCGCUAUUCGCGUGUUGCUGCACUCUAACAUAAAACCAGCGUUAGCUAAAUUAAACCAAGUAAUUUAUUCAGUUACUAUGGAUGCUAAAUUUCCGGAAUCAGAACUCCAGGCGAUUAUUGCUCGCAUGAGUCUACCGGACAUGAACAAAGCGCUGUUCUGCUGCGACCAAGAAGAACGCGAAGAAACCGCUGACCACUUUGGAGUCUACAAUAUUCCUGCAUACGGUCCGCUAGUUUACGCAGGACUCCAGGGUGUCAUUUCGCUUCUCGCAGAAAUACGCCCUCACAAUGAUCUAGGUCAUCCUUUGUGCGUAAAUUUGCGUGAAGGCAACUGGCUGAUUGAUUACAUAUGGCAGCGUUUGAAAAAUUAUGAAGGAACACUGGAGCUGAGCAAGUGGUUUGAACAAGCAGCUGAACCAUUCAAAUUAAUCCCUCGUUAUCUAGUCCCCAGUUACUUUGAUGUACUUGUCGUUAAUGUUUAUGUGAUGCUGCUAGAUCGCUGUUACUCAUUAAUGCCACCAUUUGUACAAGACGGCAGCACUUUUGUUAGAUUAAUGUCUCUAAGUUCCAUACAAGUCAGCGGUAUUGUAAAAUCGGCUCAAUUACCUGAGCUCUCACCGAACUUAUCACCACCGCGGCCAAAAGUAAUUGACAAAGAAGGCAAUAAAGAGCAAAUGUGUACUACAAUAUCCGCAGGAUUACCUCAUUUUGCGGUUGGUUACAUGAGAAACUGGGGUCGCGAUACUUUUAUCGCACUACGGGGUAUUUUAUUGCUGACCGGUCGGCAUGAAGAAGCUAGAUUCAUUAUUUUAGGGUUUGCCGGUACUCUGAGACAUGGUUUGAUUCCCAAUCUAUUAGACUCUGGUGUCAAUCCAAGAUUCAAUUGCCGCGACGCUGUAUGGUGGUGGCUGUACACUAUCAAGUGUUACGUAGAACAAGUACCAGAUGGUGUAAAAAUUUUGUCGGACAAAGUUUCAAGACUGUUUCCUACUGACGAUUCGCCGGCAUUACCUGCUGGUAAAGUUGACCAGCCACUGCACGAUGUCAUCCAAGAAGCCUUGACUGUUCACUUCCAGGGACUGUGUUUCCGCGAAAGGAAUGCCGGUAAACAAAUUGACGAACAUAUGACAGACAGGGGUUUCAAUAACCAAAUCGGCGUGCACCCAGAUACGGGAUUUAUUUUUGGAGGCAAUGACGCAAACUGCGGCACGUGGAUGGACAAAAUGGGCUCGUCUGAGAAAGCUGGUAACAAAGGAAAACCCGCGACACCGCGAGAUGGUUCAGCUGUCGAAAUAGUUGGACUGAGUAAAGCCGCGCUGUCAUUUUUCGCGGAGCUGUAUAAACAAAAUUUGUUUCCUUAUGGCAGCGUUCAAAGACGGAAUCGCGAUGGUACGAGUACUACUUGGAGCUACAAGCAGUGGGCUGAUCGUAUUACCGAUAACUUUGAAAAGUAUUUUUACGUAAACGAAGUACCAACUGAAGGUGAAAUGAACCCUGAGUUGAUUCACCGAAGAGGAAUUUACAAAGACAGCCAUGGAGCGACUCAGCCCUGGGCUAACUACCAACUGAGGCCCAAUUUCCCAGUCGCGAUGGUCGCCGCACCCGAGAUGUUUAAUCCGCAGCACGCGUGGACCGCGUUGCAGUCAGCGGAAAAAAUUCUUCUGGGCCCAUUGGGGAUGAAAACUCUUGACCCCGCUGACUGGGCUUACGACGGCAACUACGACAAUUCGAACGAUUCGACAGACACUAAACUGGCCCACGGAUGGAAUUAUCACCAGGGUCCCGAGUGGCUCUGGCCCAUUGGUUUCUUUUUGCGCGCACGUUUGCACUUCGCCCCUCUCGUCGGUGGCGACGAGGAACUGACACGUACUAUCCAGUCGACUGAAGCCAUCAUCUCGAAACAUUUGAUCGAAGCUUCCUCUAAUCACUGGAGAGGCCUACCGGAGUUGACAAACAAAGACGGAGCCUACUGCCGCGAUAGCUGUCGCACUCAAGCUUGGAGCGCGUCUGCGAUUAUCGAAGUUUUAGAUGAAAUAAAUAAACUAAAAUCACGUCAGUCUCAAUCGCAGUCACAGCCCCAGUCAAAUACACCAAAUAAAUUAAACUGA